GAUGGUGGAACAUCAGUUCUUUGUUUUAUUCUAUAAAGCUCUUAACCCAAAAUUUGAGCUAAUAAAGCGGGUUGCUUUGAGAAAUGACUGCAUGAAAAUGUUUGCAAUUGAGAAGCAAAAGUUGAGGUCAAUGUUAAGAAAUGUUGAUAGAAUUAGCUUAACGACUGAUCUAUGGACCUCAAAUCAAACAAUAGGGUACAUUUGUAUCACUGGACAUUUCUUAGAUUCUGAAUGGAAGUUGCAAAAGAGAAUUUUAAAUUUUUGUAGCUUGGCACCUCCCCACACGGGAAUUGCUAUUGCUGAUUGUAUUCUUCAGUGUCUAACUGAAUGGGAGAUUGAAGAUAAGGUUUCCACUAUUACGUUAGAUAAUGCAUCUUCGAAUGACACAGCAGUUAAAGUCUUGAGGGAUAAUUUUGCAAUCAAAGGAAAGCUUUACUUCAGUGGAAAAAUAUUUCAUGUUCGCUGUUGUGCACAUGUUUUGAACCUAAUGGUACAAGAUGGUUUAGCAGAAAUACGGGAUGUAAUUGAGAAUAUCCGCGAAAGUGUGAAAUAUCUGAAGAUGUCUCCUUCACGACUUCAUAAGUUUACUGAAAUUGUUAAACAGUUGAAGUUGUCAACCUCUAAAAUUCUUCAACUUGAUGUGCCUACUCGAUGGAACUCAACAUAUGAAAUGCUAGAGUCGGCAUUGGAGUUCAAACCGGUGUUUCCAAUGUACAAGGAAAGAGACUCCAACUAUAAAUGGUUACCAUCCGAGGAGGACUGGAUACGAGCUACAGAGGUUUCAAAAUUUUUGAAAAUUUUUAAUGAAGUCACAGAAGUGUUCUCAAGACGUCAAUAUCCAACUUCAAAUUUGUUCCUUAAUGAAAUUUGGAGAGUGAAGGAGAAAUUAAAUGAUAUGUCCUUUGAUACUAGAGAUUUUGUGGUGCGCAUGACUCGAAGAAUGAAUGAAAAAUUUGAGAAGUAUUGGGGAGACUGUAACUUACUAAUGGCAAUUGGAGCAGUUUUGGAUCCUCGCUGUAAAAUGCAGCUCAUUGUAUUUUGUUUUCCACAAAUUUAUGGUGAGGAUGUUUUUCAACGCCAUAUUGAUGAUGUUCAUGAAGCUUUAGAUAUGCUCUACAAGGAAUAUGUAUCUUCAGAUGGACAAAUAGAUGUUGAUGCUAGCAAUAUCCCAAGUAUCUCCUCCAAACUGAAAAACAAAAGAAGGGCUAAUCAUCGGUUUCAUAUGUGGUCUCAACAACAUAGGAAUGCUAUUCCUUCAAACAAAACUGAGUUGGACAUGUAUCUAGAAGAAGAUAUUUUCAAGCCUAGUGAUGAAGACUAUGACAAGUUUGAUGCUUUAAAUUGGUGGAAAGCCAACACUUUAAAAUAUCGCUAUCUAUCAAAAAUGGCUCGGGACAUACUAUCCAUUCCUAUUACUACUGUUGCUUCAGAGGCUGCAUUUAGUGCUGGAGGUAGAGUGCUUGAUCAAUAUCGUAGCUCUUUGAAGCCUGAGACUGUACAAGCUUUGAUUUGUACUGGAGAUUGGUUGCGUCAAGAGCUUGGAUUGGAGCAGUCAUCAAAUGUUGAUGAAGAGUUUACGCAAUGGAACACCGAGACUGGUCUAAACGAGAGUACUUGAGAACUUGAGAUUUAUUAUGUUUAUUGUGUUUCUUGAACUCUUUUGUAGAACUUGAUUUGUAUGGGAUGUUUUUUAGUUUGUUGAGGAUGACCGAUAUUUUGUCAUGUACUCAUGUUAGAUCUCCACCUUUAAUGGGGAAAGUGUUAUGGAUCCAUUUCCAAGCACUUCUUUGGUAGUGCACCCUCUUUUCCCUUUGGAUACUUACAGGUAGAGAAACAUGAGAAAGGUGGAUCAUUUUGAAAGCAAUGUCAAUUUCAUGAAAGCAGAACCAGGAUCAUGAAAGCAAUGUCAAUUUCAUCAUAUUGCAGAACCAGGAUCAUUUUGAUAUAUAACAGUAUCAUGUAAUUUUGAUCUUAGGAUGCCAUGAUGCUUGGUUUCCUAUCUUAUAUAUGCUAUUGACAUCAUAAGAGAAUCAUGUAUUCGUAUAUGGAUGUGGGACAUCAAGGGAUCUUGCAUGGAUGCAAGCUGUUUGUGGUUACCAUUAUUGAUUAUAAGGCCGCGAGCACAUCUUCUGCAUUCUUAACAAUUAUCAAUGUAUUGUGUUCUUGUACUUCUUUGUCCCUUUUUUCAAGAGCCUUCAAUUAUUCAAAUUAUUUCUAUGUUGUUUCAAGGAAACAAGAAACAGACCACCGAGCUCGUACCGAGCCCGAGCCCGAGCUCGGGCUCGUUCAGGAGCUCGUAAUUGAAACGAGCUUUACGAGCUCGAGCC